GGCUGCCCAGGAAGGGCGAAGAGGCGCCAGCACCCAGCUAUAAGCAGCCAACAGGCAGACACAGCGCCCUGGGCAGCAUGGCCUGGCCAUCCCCUGGCUGGCUCUGCGUGCUGGGGGCCCUGGUGGGGCUCUCCGCCACCCCGGCCCCCAAGAGCUGUCCAGAGAGGCACUACCGCUCUCCAGAGAGGCUGUGCUGCCAGAUGUGCAGGCCAGGGACAUUCCUGGUGAAGGACUGUGACCAGGACCUGGCGCCUGCUCAGUGUGACUCGUGUAAACCAGGCCUUUCCUUCUCUCCAGACUACCACAGCCGGCGCCACUGUGAGAGCUGUCGCCACUGCCACUGGGGUCCUGCCACUCACAACUGCAACAUCACCGCCAAUACUGAGUGUGCCUGCCCCGUGGGCCACCAGUGCAGGGACACGGAGUGCUUGGAGUGUGACCCCCUCCCAGAACUGCCUGCUACUCAACCAGUGGCCCCAGGCCCGCCCCAUCCCCCUAGCCUCUCCCCACUUGCCAAGAAGGUGCUGGAAGCCAGGACUGUUGGGGCGAGGCAGACUCCAGCUGACUUCCAGCAGAUGCCAGGCCCAGCUCUCCCCACCCCAUGGCCAGCCCCCAGGUCCCUGUGCAGCACAGACUACACACGCGUCUAUGUGAUCUUCACUAGCAUGCUUUUCGUUUUCACCCUGAGCGGAGCCCUAUUCCUCCACCAACAGAGAAAAUGCAGAGCAAACAAAGGAGCAGACCCCGGGGAGCCUCUGGAGCCCUGUCCUUACAGCUGCCCGCAGGAGGAGGAGGGUCACACUGUCCCCGUGCAGGAGGACCACUGGAAGCCGGAACUGCUCUCCUACCCCUGAAGUGGCCAGGAGCUGAGGGAGGGUCUUCCUGAUAGAGAAAACUUUAAUAAAUGAAAAUUUAGGAAAUGUCACAAUAUAAGAUAACUUCUGGUCUGAGACCAAGAGCAAGAUCCUCCUGGAUCAGAGACCAAUGAUACAUUGCUACUCUGCUGAUCAGACUUUUUUUGAUUACCUUGGAAAUUUCUUCUAUGACAUACACAUGUAUUUAGCUGAUGUCACAA